UAAAGACCAAGACAAUAAGCACUACCUUUACUUUCAAAGUUAUUAUUACCCCACUUGCAAAAGUUCUAACCUUUUUCCCCUCUCUAACUUGUCUCUCUAUAAAUUAAGAUUUUAGCAUAUUGAGAGAAAGUUCUUCAUUUUAUUUUGCUUCCAAAGUAGCAAAACUUGGUUGUCAACAUAUAUAGAGGAUCAAUAACCCAUCACAUAUAAGAGAAAGAAGUCACACCUCAAAUUACAUCAACCACAAUCAUGGUGGAUGGAGGAGGUGGAGUUGGGGUAAGAAGUGUGAAUGAAGAAGAAAUCAAGUGGCCACCAUGGUUGCAACCACUUCUCCAAACAAGCUUCUUUGUUCAAUGCAAAGUGCAUGUAGAUUCCAACAAAAAUGAAUGCAAUAUGUAUUGCUUGGAUUGUAUGAAUGGAGCCCUUUGUUCUACUUGUCUUGCUUCUCAUAAACAACAUAGAGUUAUUCAGAUAAGAAGAUCUUCAUACCAUGAUGUGAUAAGGGUAUCUGAGAUACAGAAAUUUGUGGACAUAACAGGGGUGCAAACUUAUGUUAUAAACAGUGCAAAAAUUGUGUUCUUGAAUGAAAGGCCUCAACCUAGGCCUGGCAAAGGAGUUACCAAUACAUGUCAUGUUUGUGAAAGAACCCUUCUUGAUUCAUUCACCUUUUGUUCCCUUGGUUGUAAGAUAGUUGGAACCUCCAAGAAAUUCCAAAAGAAAAAUGAGUGUGAUGGUGAAGAAUCAAUUAGUAGUGGAAGUGGCAGAAACAGAAACAGAAUUCAGAGCUUCACACCUUCAACACCACCACCUUACAAAACUGCUAAGAGAAGGAAAGGGGUCCCACAUAGAGCCCCAAUGGGUGGAGGCCUUAUUAUAGAAUACAGUUUAUACUAAUUAUUAAUGAUGUUUUUUUUUUGGUACAAUAAUUAUUAAUGAUGUUAUUCAUCAUAUAGCUGCUGCAUUAUUGGGUUUUGGUACACUCAAAAUUUAUACACCACAAAAUUGUAGCCAAUUACCUAAAAAAAAAAUUAUUGUCAAUUAAUAUGACAUUUUACAUGUUUUAUGAAAUAUAAAUAAAAAUAAUAUUUAAAAUUA